UCUGGGGUUUUUUUUUGUUUUUUUUUUGUACACUUUGAAAUAGCACGUAGUCUUUUCCGGACCAGUGACGCUUUAUUUCUAUUGUCUCUCAAUACGCACAUGCUCGAUUUCACUUACAAACAUUUAACAUGUGGGUGAUUAAUUAUUUCACAGAAGGGACGAUAUAUUUUUAAGGUAAGAGGCAAAAAAAAAGAUCUUGUAUUAAGAUAAAAUAUGGUAUGGGGAUUUCUCCACGUGUUUCUGAACGGUUAUGUAAUCGUCCUUCAAAAAUGUUCUCUUUUUUUUCUUUCUUUUUUUUAUUCUGUAGUAUCAUUGCAAAAUGUCGAUAACAACGAAUGUCCCUGAUGAGAAAAGGACAUUUUUAAACAAGCUACACCGUCUUCGUGGGGACUUAGAAUCCUACAUGCUCAGAAUAGACGCACCUUAUCAUGACGUCACAGAGACAGACAAACGGCGAUACUGUGUCGUCGUCAUCGAGUUGUUGGAGUUUGCAGUGAAAAGGGCGGAGAAUCUUCCCACAGAAAUUUCCUUUCAACAUUUGCCAACUUGGAACAAUCUACAUAAAGAGAACAGGAGUUUAAAGAAACAGCUGCAUACCCUGAACACUGAGCAGAUGCGACUAUCGGUGUUGCUGGAAUCUGCUAAUAGAAAUCUUAGAGAACUACAUGAGACAGAUUCACAAACAACAACGACAGAAGACACUCACGAGGACCUGAGAAGUGGCGUGCUUCUGUCCAGAGAACUGGACGCCGCUUACAAAUCUCUCUUCCCUAUAGAAGAAGUGUCAUCAAGAAUGGAAAAAGAUUCCACCCCAACGGAAAUAACAAACACAAAGCCGACUGCGAGGGCGGCAUUAAAGACCGACGGCAACGUUCAAGUAGUUUCCUUCAGAGGAUACCCUGCCGACAAACCGUUUUCACAGGACAGUUUCGAAUCACCCAGAAGUUCGAACCGUGGCAAAUUAUACAAUUCCAAAACCACUCCAAGGAUUUCUGAAACGAAGAGUAAUCCCAGAUUUUACGAACAACGGACUUCUGAGAGAGUACAGAAUACACCGAGAAAAAGCUUUAACGAUUCUGACACGAUAAAAACAACAUACAAUCCUCAGAGAAAAAAAUACAAGGAAUACGAAAAGAACCUUCAAAAUACAAUUGAAAAUAUGGCGGAUCAAAACUCUGAACUGCUCAAACAGAACAGGGAGCUGCAGACAGAGAUAAAUAGACUGAUGGGACUGUUUAAGGAGGAGAAGAUGGCGGGUACAUUGAAGAAAGAGGCGGAAGAUAAGGAGUUGUUGGAAAUGAGAAACCAACUUCAGGGUCUGUGGAAGUUAGUCCAAACUCUUGAAACCGAGCGCAAAUAUUUAAUCAACAGAUUAGGGAGACUUGCUAACAGCCGCGUGGGGGACGACGAUGAAGGUGACAUGCAAACGUUCAUUGCUGACCUAAGUGACCUAGUAAGACCAACGGCUCUCGGGCUUCGUCUGUCGGAACUUUACAACAAUGAGUGGACUUUCGCCUAUGAAUCCAUGAUAUCCAAGGUUUUCAACGAGCGGAAGGUAGUGAUGGACCUCCUGAGCUGUAUAACGAAUAUUUACAUGAAGUGUAAAGAUAUGGCUGAAAAGCAGAGACGUAAACUCCACCGCGAGAGUAAGCUAACGGACGGGUUACUGAAUCCAGAUAUUCUUCUGGAGGUUCCAAUCCAGAUCAUAGAACUACAGCGAGAACGCGCCCUGGACGAUCUACCGGAAAUCAAACAGACAUGCAGAGAUAUAACAGCAAAUCUCAAAUCGUACCCAAAGCAAGUUAUUCGAUACCUCGACAAAUGCACAGAACUCUGUUGGUUCAUGAAUAUUCGUCAUCCACCGCUAGUGUUUGAAUGGCAGAUCCCACAGGGCAGUUUGAUUGACACAACUCGAUUCACAUUUUACACCAGAAGCGGGCGUUAUGUAGACUAUGUCGUCUGGCCCGCUUUACUUCUGACAGAAAGUGGCGCCGUGUUGUCUAAAGGGGUGGUCCAAGGACGAGGCUAGCGUAGCUUUCUUAUGAUGUCUUCGUAGCACAUCGCUCCAAUAACAGCAUGCUACUUCGCUUGAUCGAGCGUGAAUAUAAAUUUUUGAGCGAAGCUUCUCAUAAAUUUCAAUGAAACAUGUUUUAUUUCUGUUUUCAGUGACCAACCAUGUUGAAAGAAUGACAGCGUCAUCAUCCAAACAUUUAUUCAAACCAUACCGCCAAUCGUUGUGUGAAAUUUGCACGUUCGAGCAAGCGACAUGACACGCUGUUAUUGGAAUGAUAGUAAAAUGCGUCGUUAAUUAUGGCUCCCCUAUUCCAGGGGGAGACAUAUUGUUUUUGUACUGUCUGUCCGUCCGUCUGUCUGUGACAAAAUCUUGUGAACACCUCCUCCUUUAUGGCUUAUCGGAUAGACUUGAAACUUUGAACAAUGCUUCAUUUCCAUUUUUAGAUGUGCAUAUUGUCGGGAGAGGAGGAUCCUAAAGGUUAUAGUGGGUCUAAGAGGGGUGGGGGUGUUAAAAUAGCUUUCUUGUGAACACUUCUCCUCCUAUAUGGCUUAUCGGGUAGCCUUGAAACAAUGCUUCAUUCCCAUUUUUUAGAUGUGCUUGUUGUCAAGAGAGGGGGGUCCAAUUAUUUUCCUAAAAAUUAAAGUGGAUCAAAGAGGGAUGGAGGAUGUAAAAUAGCUUGUAAAAACCUCCUCCUAUAUGGCUUAUCUAAUACAAUGUAGAUUUGAAACUGUGUACAAUGCUCAUUGCCAUUUGUAGAUGUGCAUAUUGUCGGGACGGGAGGAUUCAGUUAUUUUCCUAAAAGUUAUAGUUGAUCUAAGAGGGGUGGAUGAUGUAAAAUAGCUUCUGAACACUUCUCAUUUAUGGCUUAUCCGAUAACCUUGGGACUUUGUACGAUACUUCAGUGCCAUUUGCAGCUGUGAAUAUUGUAGGGACAGGAGGAUCCAACCGUUAUUUUUAAAGUUGUAGUGGAUCUAAGAGGGUUGGAGGGUGUAAAAUAGUUUGUGAACACUUCUCCUACAUGGCUUAUUUGAGUUCAUAAUGUAUAUGUCCCUGUUCAUGUUUUCUCCUCCAUAACAUGCAGCACAUUAAGGGGAGGAGGUUUAAUUUGGAGCACAUACAAUUUGGGGAGACAUUUGUUUUUCAUAAAAACAAUCUCUAGUUUCCAUGUGAGAUAAGUACACAAAUUGCAAAAAUAAAGAAAACACUUCUGGCAGUAAGAAUAAAAUUAUGUUGUAUAUGAAGUAAUCAUACAAUAGUACCACAGACAGACGGACGGACACGAAGAUCCUAGUACUCCUCCCAGCUUUGUUAGAAGGGGAUAUAAAAAUGAAAUAAACAUGUAUGCUUUCUGUUAGCUUCUCAUAUAUUCAAUACCCUAUUUUCACAUAGUGUAUGGUUAUUCAUAAACUUGUAUU